AUGGCCGACCAUGAAAGCGUGGAAAGUGACGACAAGAUGCGCAAAGUGGCGAGGAGAAUGGCCGGGGGUUUGCCAACGUAUAAAUAUGGCGGGCUAGCUUAUGCUCUUUCGACUCUGAGUUCCUACGACAUGCAGAGGAUCACGACUACGGGAAGGCGAGUCCACGGCGCGGAAGAUGUCCCGCUUCAGCCGUACGGGACGCCGAAUGCGAUGGAGAUGUUGAGGAUGUCGAGAACAGUACAAGGUUCUCGCGUACCCAGAGUUGCUGUUAAGGGCAUUCCCGAGCGCCCCUUUGUCAUUGCAACAGCUCCGCCAGAAAAAUUUUAUGUUCUUGUUCGGAUAAAGGCACCAUCAAUGACCCAAUAUAGAGACCAUCCCCUGCAGCGAGCUCCUAUUGAUCUUCUUAUUGCGCUCGAUUUUAGCGAAGGAAUCGAAAAACCAGCAUUGGAUCAUGUCAGAGAUGCCCUGGCGUUCGUAAUUGACAACUUAGAACCCUCCGACAGGCUUUCGAUACUUUCAUCUUGUGCCAGUCCUGAGAAAGUAUUUCCCUUUCGCAGAAUGUCCCAACAAGGGCAGGAAGCCGCAAAAGAUACCGUUAACACACUCGUCUUCACAAAAGGUGCAACGAAGUUUGUCGAUAUUCUAACUGUUGCAGCUCUGGUUCUUGAGCAGAGACGAUACCUGAAUCCGGCGGCAUUCAUUAUACUCUUGUCCGAUAGGAGAGACACUACAAACACACUGCCGCUUGCCUUGGAGAAUGUUCGAGAAAUGGCUAUAAGUGACCUUGAGGAAUUACCGAUUGCAGUCUAUCCUCCCCGUGAAUCUUCAGAUUAUAUCAAUAAUUACUUUGAAACACCCGUAUUUCCGGUGUACGCCUUUGGCAUUGGUAAGCAUCACGAGCCUUUUGCGCUGCACGAAGUAUGUUCGGCAACAGGUGGCACCUACUCCUACUUGGAAAACUACGAGAUUCUGCGAGAUGCAAUCGCCUGUCGCAUCGGAGCUCUGCUCAGUGUAGUCACACUACAGUUUUGUUUAACGCUCACGCGAGGCACUGCUGGGGUUAAUAUUCUCGACAUCCACUCCGGGGACUUCUAUAACAACAUUUGCGAAGAGGAUAAAUCGAUAGGUGAAAUCAAAGUAAGGCACCUUUUCGCUGAUGAGACGAAAGAAUUUCUUAUCGCAGUGAGUCUCCCGGCGCGCAGGUUGAAGCCUAAGGAGGCAUGCCUUGGUUUGGUCUGGACAUACAAAGAUUCUGUGCUGAAUGAUGGGAGAGAACACCUAUAUUGCGACACUGUCGACAUUUAUCGAACAUUAAUCGAGCCACAUCCAAUGUCAAACCGUGUACACAGCGACGUUAUACGGACGAGGGCAUGCCUCUAUUUCUCGUUGCGCAUUCACGACGCCAUAAGGACCUACGAAACCAAAGGGUUCAUUAAAGCGAGGGAAUUUUUGCGCAACCAAAUAUCAGAAAUUAAAGAAAGUGAAAGUGUUAGCAACGAAGACAAGCUGAGUAUUUGGAUGCUCAUACAGAUACAAGAAGUAGUAAGAACAAUGUUGGAAGGCAGCCGUUCGUUUAAAAAUGGAGGAAUUGCUGUGGCGCUAUCGACUCUGAGUUCGCACGACACGCAAACGACAACCAUUUUGGGUAGCGAAGUCCCCGGCACUGUAGUUCACUUGUUUCAGCCCUACGGGACGCCCAAUACCAUGGCUAUGGUGACGAAAUCGAUAUUACAACUACAUAGUUCCACUCGUGCACACCAUUAA